UGUCAAAUAAUUGUGAGAAAUAUUCAAAUUCAAUAUUUCAAAAGAAAAUCUCGGUCUUUGGAAGGUGGUAGCCGAGGAUUGUAAAAAUUUUAUUCCAUAAAUUUGCAAGCGGUACAGUACUUAAUAAAAACAGUGCAUGUUCAGAUGUACUAUAAAUUUUUUGAAAAUAAACAAUUAUCAAAGACUUAACAUAAUUUUUAAUUCUAAAUUUAAAAUGGAUGUUUGUAAGGAAAACGAGUGCCUGACUCUUCAAGAUAAAAAUAUUAUGUCCAAGAAAUACUAUCGUCGUGUUGAACACAGAAUUUUCGUUAACAGAUCGUUGCAUUUAGAAAAUGUUAAAUUUUACGGUUUUGAUAUGGACUAUACAUUGGCCGAAUACAAAUCGCCACAGUACGAAACGUUAGGAUUCAAUUUAACCAAAGAAAGAUUAGUAGUCAAAGGAUAUCCAAGAGAGAUAUUAGAAUUCGAAUAUGACCCUUCGUUUCCUGUGAGAGGACUCUGGUUUGAUACGUUAUAUGGAAAUUUGCUCAAAGUUGAUGCCUACGGGAAUAUUUUAGUGUGUGUACAUGGAUUUGAAUUUUUAAAACAUUCACAGGUAUACGAAUUAUAUCCGAAUAAAUUCUUGACUUUAGAUGAAUCGAGGGUUUACGUUCUGAACACUUUGUUUAACCUGCCGGAAACUUAUCUGAUUGCGUGCCUCAUAGAUUUCUUCACGAAUUCACCCCAAUAUACGAGAGUUAAGACGGGAGUGAGAUGCGGCGACCUAGCUAUGUCCUUCAAAUCAAUCUUCCAAGAUGUGCGAAAUGCCGUCGACUACGUUCACAUACACGGCGAUCUCAAGAAGAAAACUACGGAGAACUUAGAUUUGUACCUGAAGAAAGACGAAAGACUGCCAAUGUUCUUGUCUAGGAUAAGAGAAAGCGGAGCUAGACUGUUUAUACUAACUAAUAGCGAUUACAAUUUCACUGAUAAAAUCAUGAAUUACCUAUUCGAUUUCCCGCACGGUGCUAAGGUCGGUGAGCCCCACCGGAACUGGAAGACUUAUUUCGACUGGAUCGUAGUGGACGCUAAGAAGCCUCUGUUCUUCGGCGAGGGAACCACUCUAAGGCAGGUCGACACUCGCACCGGCGCUCUGAAGAUGGGACAUCACGUAGGACCACUGCACGAGGGAUCCGUCUAUUCAGGAGGCUCGUGUGACGUAUUCACGGAGCUGAUCAGCGCCAAAGGCAAAGACGUUUUGUACAUCGGCGAUCACAUAUUCGGAGACAUCCUCAAAUCGAAGAAAAUCGGCGGCUGGCGAACCUUCCUCGUUGUGCCCGAACUGGUUCAGGAGCUCCACGUGUGGACGGACAAGUGCCAGUUGUUCGCGCAGCUGCAGACCCUCGACGUUCAGCUCGGCGAUAUGUACAAAGACUUGGAUUCGAGUACAAAAGAGAAACCGGAUAUAUCCAAGCUCCGCAUGUCGAUACGCGACGUGACGCACAAGAUGGAUCUGGCGUACGGCAUGCUCGGCUCGCUAUUCCGUUCCGGUUCGAGACAAACCUUCUUCUCAUCUCAGGUGGUGAGGUAUGCCGAUCUGUACGCGGCUUCGUUCCUCAACUUGAUGUACUAUCCGUUCUGCUACAUGUUCCGUGCGCCCGCCAUGCUGAUGCCGCACGAGUCUACGGUGGCGCACGAACAACGGUUCACCCUCGACACGCCGACCAUAGACCGAUCUAGACAUCCAAGCGCACAACGUAGCUAUGGCGUCGUCACUGUAGCGGAGGACACUUCUGAAGAAAACAGCAUCAUCAACGCACAAGAACCCAUUGAUGCCAAAGCAGCGGGAUCCGUGCCCCACGUACGGCCUGAAACACCCCGACAACUCACGCACACACACGACGACGACUGUUCGGACGACGAAGACGUCACAAAGGCGGCGCAACACAAAUAAAAACCGUACCUACCGUGCUAUUUUGAAAUAUUGAAUUCGAACUGAAUAAAGAACACACCGAAUUGUGAAAUGAAAUGUUUGACGUUUGAUUAUUUUGAAAUGUUUUCUUCAUGUAACAGAACGCAAAUGGAUCGCAUUUCAUGAAUGCCUUUAUGUUCAUGUUUUUAUAUUUCUUAUACUAGAAGUAUAAGGUCGUUGUAUGAUUUAUUCAAUUAUUUGAUUUAUUCAAUUUUUUGUCAAUUUAUAUCCAAUCAGUAAAUUGAAAUUGACGAUCCACAAUAGUAAAUGAAAAAAGUGUAAUUUUUCCGAAGCUAUAUUUGUUCACAUUGUAUUAUUAUAUUCGGUUAAUAAAAUUAUACGUAUAUGUUCAUUGUGAUACUAAAAAUUGAAUCUAUGCAUAGCAUAUGUUAUACUAGAACGGAAAAUUAUAAAAACGUUUAGAGCAUUUUAAUUCAAGGGCUCAUCGAAGUGUUAAUUUUUUAUUUUGUUUGUUUUAUUUAGUCUAUUUGUGCUUUUAAAUAUGUCGAGAUUUUAUAACGUUGUUUUAUUAUUAUUAUAGUCAGCAUUCCUAGUAAUUUGUGAUGAUCUGUAAAAAGAUUUUAUGAAAGUGUCGUAAAUUUUUAGGAAUAAGUUGCAAUUUUUAUCUUUCAAAAGAGUCGCGCAAAGUUCUCAUAUGUUCUUCAAUAUGUUAAAUUAAUAAUAUUUCUUACUAUGUAAUGUACUGUAUGAGUAGUCAUUUAACUCACUUCAGUUAAAAUGUUCGAUAACAACUAACUUUUUCUUCUACAUAUAUCUCGCUAUUAAAAUUUGUUUUAAGAAAACUUCUAUAUUUAUCUCAAUUUAUUAAUUAUUUAUCUUUUGUUUAUAACUUAAUUUCUGUCAAAUUUCAAGAUUUUAAUUAUAAUAUUGUAAUCAAUUGGAAUUCUGUAUAUUUAAUUCAAAUUAUCGAUCCUGCUUGUACUUACAUUCUUUUAAACCGAAGAUAAUCGAAAUAUUCGGCGAUACUUAAUCGAUUAACCAUUUUAAUGAGCAUCAAACCAAAAUAGAUUUUAGUUUCGUAGUAAAUAGGUUGUGUGUAUAGACAACACAGGCUGUGUCAAAUCAAAGCGACAUUUAAAAUGCAAUGUUUAACAAUUACAUUUACAUGUACAUAAUUAUGUAAAAAGUUUUCGUGAAAUAUGCAUUUACUAAAACGACAAGUGUUUUGGAUCGCGUAAGUUGACUGAUUUAUUGCUCUUGUUAAUAAUACUUCAACUUAAAUGCACAGCGAUACUAAAAUUUUAUGUAAAACAUACUGUUCAUCAUGCGAGUCUCCUAUUUUAAUUGCGAAUUUGUUGCGGGCUGGAAAAAAGUUAUUUUUAAUAGGCCUUUCUAAUCUUCUUUCUCAGGGAUACGGCUACCUCGAAUCUUUUCCUUUGCACGACUCUCUAAAUGACUGAAGGUUGUGUAUCGAUGCAGAAUAUUAUAAUCGUAGUUAAUUUAUAAGAAAUACGUAUCAAUUAUUUUAUACACAUUGAUAAUAAAG